CGUUUCAGCGGGCCAUGAAUAUGGCCUUCGCUGAGUUCGUUAACAAAACCCGACUAACCCAGCCCCUGAUCAAUUUCUGCGUGAUUGUGUAUAUGGAUGAUAUUUUGGUCUUUUCAAAAACACACGAGUACCAUGUGGAACACAUUGAGUGGGUUUUGCAUGCACUGAAAGAUGCGGGGUUCAAAGUGGCCUUGGAGAAAAGCGAGUUCUUCAUGUCGGAGAUCUUAUUCUUGGGGUAUAUCGUCACGGUCGACGGACUAAAACCGGAUCCGAGGAAGGUGGCAGCAAUUCAAGACGCCCCGGCGCUGGUCACACUCACCCAGGUUCGGGCUUUUCUAGGGCUGGCAUCCUAUUACCGACGCUUCAUCAAGGGGUUCGCCGGUAUAGCGAAAUUCCUCACGAACCUGCUGAAGAAAGAGGAACAACUGAUCUGGACGCCGGAAUGCGAAGCGACGUUUCAGGCCUUGAAGGAGGCUCUGACAUCUGCUCCUGUGUUGGCGCGCCCCGACCCGACAAGACCGUUCGCACUGUACACAGACUGGCAGCCUCAGGCGAUAUCGGCGGUGUUGACUCAGCACGACAAGGAUGGAAGGGAGCACGUCAUUGAGUAUGCGUCCAAGACGCUGAGCCAGGCGCAGGCUAAUUACAAAGCAUGCAAAGGUGAAUGCCUGGCGGUGGUGUGGGGGAUUCAACAUUUCCGACCGUAUCUGUACGGCCAGAAAUUCGUGCUGGUUACGGAUUACCAGUCGCUGUUGUUCCUACGCAACAACACGAAAUACACGGAGACGCUGGGCAAGUGGGCGGUGCGUCUACAAGACUAUGACUUCGACAUCCGCCACCGUGCCACGCGGCAGCAUGGUAACGCAGAUGGAUUAACGCGCCUUCGGCCGCCCAACAAGUGUCCCGCCAACGAGCAACUCAUUCCGUGGAGGCCAGAAGUCGGGGCUACGAAACCGUACUACGGGGAGCUACACGUGCUGCUGGAGCCGCUGCCCUUCGCCGACGAAGACGCGUGGGAAUUCCACCGUGCGCUGUACAAGUCGGUGGCGCUGGGGAUGUUCCGGUUCUUCGUGGAUCACGAAGACCACGCUGUCGGGGAGCACUUCAUUGUUUACUACGUCAUCGCGCGGCCCAAGCCAACGGAGAAGGAAGGGACAGUGGCGCUGUACCCCUUCGCCCCACUCCAGACAAUCGAUCCGGGAUUGUUGGAGCUCAUACAUCUUGAGCUCCUCUCCAUUACGCAAGUGAUCGCGAGCGAGGAGGAGGAGAUCCAACCCGCGCGUACGCGGAUUCCUGACCCUGUGCCUGGGAGUGCGGCGAUGCUCGUUAAGGAGACUAUCGUGCCAUCGUCGCCCAUUCCGCAUGUGCCCGAUCUCAAUCUUGAUGGAGCCGGGGCAUCAUCAGCAGCCAGAGGAGGAAGCCGAAUGGGAUUUUCGGAUCCCAUAUCCAGACCCCCCGGGAGGGUAGCCACAGUAAUGGACACAGGAACGACGGAGAUGGUGAUCCCGACGGCCACUGAGAUAGGACCCGAUGAGUAUAUGGCAGCAGCGAUGUUCGAACCCGGGACCAUCGGAGUGAUACGUCACGUCCAACGGAUUACCGAGGAAAGCGACCUCGGGCCGUGGCGACCAGAAUUCAAGGAUCUUGCGGUACCUGGUCCUGAAUACAAGGAUGGCCAUAUCGACGUAUUGGAUGCCUUGAAGGCUCUGGAUCUUCGGAUCACCGUCCCUAUUCCAUAUGUGCUAACCAUUUCCGAAGCGGCUAACGAAAAGKUGAUCGAACGGUGCCUCAAAAACAGGCGCCGAUUCGAGGAAAGUCGAAAGGGCAAAAAGCCCUUCCUACGGGACCCACCCACUAACGAGGAGUCACAGCCCUCGACCUCAGAGGUGCACGAAGCCAACCGGAUAGGGAUGGUCCAGAUCGUAGAUUCCGCCUCGGAAAAAACCCGAGGGAGCAGGAUGAACCAUCGCCAACUGGAGCAUGAGCCCCUCGAGCACUUCCAGACGCCGCUUGCAGAUCGCUUGUUGCGGCAUCGAUUUAAUGAGGAGAGGCAGUUGCUGUACGACAUCCAACAGGUGAACGUGCCAGCGCCCGGGGUUGCUGAUUUGGCAGCGUACUCGUUGCUUUGCGAUCGGCUGACAUAUGCGGGAGUGUACGUGGACGUGACGCAGUUGCCUGGCCGAGAGACGACCCGAGUAUUAAUUGAGUUCCGUGCGCUCCAGGUGGCACCCAACUUCGUGCACAGCGUCGCCACCUUCAUCGGAGACUUGACGAUCCUACCGCAGCAGAAUCGGGAGCCGGCGCGCAGCCUUGUGCGCGAAUACGUGGUGGAAGCGGCCAGAUCACCCGAGGAGGAAGCCRAAUGGGAUUUCCUGAUCCCAUAUCCAGACCCCCCGUCCUUGCGGGACCUCUCUGUUCCCGCCAGCCACCCCGGGGUGCCCCGGUCAUUGACAUUAGUAGUUCAUCCGAGCCGAACGGUCCAUCCGACCGAGGUGGACUUCAUGGUGGAGCCCGCCACCAUCAGGCUCGAGGCCAUCGCGGGGGCGCCGCGCCUUGAUCCGGCGUGGGAGCCAUAUCUGACACCCCCUUUCCAAGGGUGUAUUGCGGCGCGAUUGGCUGGGACGCUCAUCUACGAGACCGGGCAGCGUCCAAACGCGAUGUACCACUUCCUGGUCGUCGCGGCGCAGAAGCGGGAGCGGCGGCCUUACACCGAGACUCAUGUGGUGAUGACGGGUCCAGGGCCCCGAUCGGUGCGCAAGCGGGUGGUGCGAGCGGUAGCGGAUCUGGCGCCCCGUGUCCUCUCACAUGUGCCGGGGGCUUUCCUUUACCCGUCAUUCGUCCAGCAUCACUUCCACGAGGGAGAUGCGCCGACGACUCCUGCGGCAAUGGCCGCUUUUCUUCCACCUAUUCCGCCCCCUCUCAAUCCCGACAUAGAUCACUUCCUCUGAUAACCCUCGUCUACCUCUCCCCUGUCCUCUCCUUCUCCUUCUCCUCUUUUUCUUCUUCUUUUCCGUAUCUAAAGCUUGCGCGAC